AUGCUGCGCCUUCGCGCUUGCGGCGGCACGGCGCCGGCGUCGGUGCCUGCGCUCGUCAGGGCCCGCCUCGCCAGGCGAGCCUCCGCCGCCUCCACCGUCGCCUCCGCUUCCUCCUCUUCGUCCGCCCUGGAAGAGCUCGCCGCCGAGCGCAGAGGUUUGGCAAAGGUCGUUUUAAAGAAGGGGAAGACCCAAAUAUUCCGAGAUGGAAGCCCAAUGGUGUACAGCGGUGCUGUUGAUAGGAUAAUUGGUCGACCUCCUCCGAAAUCUGGUGAUGUUGUUCUGGUAGCUGAUGGGACAGAGAAACCUAUUGGAUGGGGUCUCUAUAACUCUGUGUCUAUGUUUUGUGUUCGGUUGAUGCAGCUAGAAGAAGAGGCAAGAAGAGAUCCCACAUGCGCACUAAAUAUGGAAAGGUUGCUUGAAGCAAGGAUUUCAUCUGCUGUUGAUUUGCGGCGCAGUUUGGGUCUCCCUUCUGCUGACACAAAUGCUUAUCGCCUCAUCAACAGUGAAGGAGACAGAUUGUCUGGUCUAAUAGUGGACAUCUUUGCUGAUGUUGCUGUCAUUGCUUCAUCUGCUGCUUGGGUUGAGAAAUACAGGCAAGAAAUACAAUUUCUUGUUAGCAAAGUUAAUGGCAUCAGCCAUAUAAAGUGGAGGCCAUCGGCAGAUAUUUUGAAAGAAGAAGGAUUGGAUAUAUCAGAGCAUAAGGAGCCUGCUUCACCAUGCUCAACUGUUAAGGUCAUGGAGAAUGGCAUUGUCUACUUAGUCUCAUUAGAGGGUCAGAAGACAGGGUUUUAUGCAGAUCAACGGGAAAACCGCUCUUUCAUAUCAUUACUUUCAAAGGAUCAAAGGAUCCUUGACCUUUGCUGCUACAGUGGUGGCUUUGCUCUUAACGCAGCUAAGGGUGGUGCUAAUAAUGUCAUUGGCAUUGAUUCAUCAGGAUUGGCACUAGACCUUGCCAAUGAGAAUAUCGUUCUCAAUGAGCUAAACCAUGGAAAAAUCUCAUUUGUAAAAGGAGAUGCAACUACAUUCAUGAAAGGAGCUAUCUCAGAAAAUGAGCUGUGGGACUUGGUAAUCCUUGACCCUCCAAAGUUGGCGCCGCGAAAGAAGGUGCUACAAAGUGCAUCCGGUAUGUAUAGAAGCUUGAACACACUUGCAAUGCAAGUGGUGAAGCCAGGGGGGUUACUCAUGACAUGCUCUUGUUCUGGAGCUAUGACCCAAAGUGGCAUGUUCCUCAAAACCAUUCAGGGUGCUGCAUCAAUGGCUGGCCGUAAGGUUACGGUCUUACGUCAAGCUGGGGCAGCCUGUGAUCACCCCAUCGACCCUGCAUACCCUGAGGGCCAGUAUCUCAGCAAUUACUUGCUGCGCGUGGCAUGA